CCCCGAGUCCUGUGCCCUCUGGAAGUUGGUGCGGACAAUGCUCAUCUUGUGUGUGUUAGUAACUGGGGUUUCUGCCUUCACCACUCCACCGACGGAAUUCACAAAAAGCGCUUCGGAAUCUCCCCUUAUGUCAGAGAAACACACAGUGCCUGGAGACAACUGCAGAUUUCGUGGCAGAGAUUUCAAGUCUGAAUUCAGGCUGGAAGGCGAGCCUGUGGUUCUGAAGUGUCCCCUGGUACCUCACUCAGAUGCCUCUACCAGUCCCCACACCCCACUUCUGACCUGGAGUAAACUGGACUCUUCUCAGCUGAUCCCAGGAGAUGAGCCGAGGAUGUGGAUGGAGGAUGACGUGCUCUGGGUUGUGCCAGCAGUGCCACAGGACUCUGGCACCUACCUUUGCACACUCAGAAAUGCAUCCCACUGUGAGCAAAUGUCCGUGGAACUCAAGGUUUUUGAGGAUACUGAAGCUACUCUGCCACUCGUCUCCUACUUGCAAAUCUUGGCUGUCUCAGCCACUGGGUGGCUAGUGUGCCCUGACCUGAGAGAGUUCAUCCCCAGCAAAAGUGAUGGAAAGAUACAGUGGUACAAGGGCUCUAUCCUCUUGGACAAAGGCAACCAGAAGUUUCUAAGCGCAGGAGACCCCACUCGCUUACUGAUAGCCAACACAUCCAUGGAGGAUGCCGGCUACUACAGAUGCGUUGUGACGUUUACCCACAAAGGCAAGGAGUACAACGUCACCAGGAGUAUUGAGCUCCGGGUCAAAAGAACAACCACAGAGUCCAUCCCAGUCAUCAUCUCUCCCCUGGAGACAAUACCAGCAUCCCUGGGGUCAAGACUGAUAGUCCCAUGCAAGGUGUUUCUGGGAACUGGGACACCUUCCAACACCAUCGUGUGGUGGAUGGCUAACAGUACUUUUAUCUCAACGGCCUACCCAAGAGGCCGUGUGACUGAGGGGCUACACCACCAAUACUCAGAGAAUGAUGAGAACUACGUGGAAGUGCCACUGAUCUUUGAUCCGGUCACAAGGGAGGAUCUGAAUACAGAUUUUAAAUGUGUUGCCACGAAUCCACGGAGUUUUCAGUCGCACCACACCACAGUCAAGGAAGUCUCUUCCACAUUCUCCUGGGGCAUUGCACUGGCACCCCUGUCUCUGAUCUUCUUGGUUGUCGCGGGAAUAUGGAUGCGCAGACGGUGUAAACUCAGGGCUGGAAAGACAUAUGGACUGACCAAGCUGCCGACUAACAACCAGGACUUCCCUUCCAGUCCAGACCAAAUAAAGGAAAUGAAAUAAUGUAAGGCCAACCG